GAUCCACUCAACAAGACUAUAAAUUGGCGGCAAUUAAAAGACCUAGUUAGGUUCUAUUUAUUGGACAACUAAGUCAACAUGAAGCUGUUACUGUUGUUCACCCUUGUGGCUUUGGGUAACUCCUUCCACAUUGCCUUCCCCGAGGAUGACGAGGCCCAAUGGGAACUCUUCAAGAUCGAACAUGAGCGAUUGUAUGGAGAUGAGAAGGAGGAGCACACUAGAAAGGAAAUCUUCAUGAACAACCUCAACUUCAUCCGUGAACACAACAAGAAGCACGAGCGAGGAGAAGUUACCUUCACCGUAGGAGUCAACCAGUUCGCUGACAUGACUAUUGAGGAGUUUCGCCAGAGGAUGAAUGGAUUCAGACUGCCCGAGGACUACAAGAGAAACGGAACCAAGUUUGAGUUCGACGAGAACCUCGAAGUUCCCAAGACUGUUGACUGGAGGAAGAAGGGAGCCGUAACCCCCGUCAAGAACCAGGGAAAUUGUGGAUCUAGCUAUGCAUUCAGUGCGACCGGAAGUUUGGAAGGACAGGUCUACCUGAAGACCAAGAAGCUGGUGUCUUUGAGUGAGCAGAACCUUGUUGACUGCAGCUAUGAUCAAUAUAACGAUGGGUGUAACGGAGGAUUUGCGGAUUACGCAUUCGAUUACAUCGAGCAAAACAACGGAAUUGACACAGAAGCUUCUUAUCCCUAUAAAGCUGAGGAAAACGAAUGCAAAUACAAUGCCAAGAAAAAGGGCGCCACUUGCUCUGGCUACGUGGAUCUGACUGAAGGGUAUGAGCAGGAAAUGCAACAGGCCGUGGCCAAGAUUGGACCAGUGGCUGUCGCCAUCGACGCCAGCCAAAGCUCCUUCAUACUGUACCAGAGCGGAGUGUACAAUGACCCUUUGUGCUCCAAAAAGGUCCAAGGACAUUCAAUGUUGGUUGUCGGGUACGGCACUGCUAAAAAGGGAGGAGAGUACUGGUUAGCAAAGAACUGCUGGGGAACCUCCUGGGGAAUGAAGGGAUACGUCAUGAUUGCCAGGAACCACGACAACAUGUGCGGCAUUGCCUCCCAGGCCAGCUACCCCAAAGUCUAGACCAUCACUUUACCAUGGCCAAUGGCCAGCUACCCCAUAGUCUAGACCAUCACUUUACCAUGGCCAAUGGCCAGCUACCCCAUAGUCUAGACCAUCACUUCAAUAUGGCCCAUUGCCAGCCACCCAACAGUCUAUAACAUCACUAUACAUCAUGGCUAGUGGUCAGAUCAACGUCUUUACUUUGUCAUUAUUAAAUAAAAUA